GGAACGGACUUUCUGAUUAUCCUAAUCCUCUUCUCGUCAACCGUCGGCAGUUUUCGAGUUGCUCCUCUUCUACCAUUCUUCCUGCUUAAUCCUGCUGCUUCAAUUUUCCCAAUUUGUUAUUAGUUUGCCGCAAUUUCAACUCCCGCUCCCGGAGAAGACACUGCGCGGUCAGUGUUCGACGAAAUGCCGCAGUGAGCUGCGGAAAAAUCCUGCAGAGACUUGGAGAGGGGGAUGAGGUUGUCGCGGAGUCUACACGUCUGGAAGAUGGGGACGGUGAACUACUUGGAGGCGCUGAAGCUGCAGGAGAAGUUGGUCUCGGAGAGGAAAGCCCAGAAGAUCGGCGACACGCUUCUCUGUUUGCAGCAUCCUCCAACGUACACUCUGGGGAAGCGACGAACGGAGCACAACUUGCUCAUCUCCGAGUCCGAACUGAGGAACAUAGGGGCUCUGCUCCAUUACACCGAGAGAGGUGGAGACAUAACCUACCACGGCCCUGGUCAGGCGGUGCUGUACCCGAUUCUGGCUCUUCGGGAGAUUGGACUCGGGGCUCGGAAGUACGUCGAGCAGCUUGAGCUUACUAUGAUUGAGCUGGCGUCGCUCUAUGGAGUGAAGGCUUCUGCUGGAGAAAAAGGGGAAACUGGUGUCUGGGUUGGAGAUGGGAAAAUUGGUGCCAUUGGAGUUCGUAUCUCUGGCGGGAUCACUUCACAUGGAUUGGCGUUCAACAUUGACCCGGAUUUGAACUACUUCAAGCACAUUGUCCCGUGUGGGAUUGCGGAUAAGCGAGUUACUUCGCUGAGGAAGGAGACAGGUACGGUGCUUCUUACUGAAGACGUUGUUCAUGAUCAGUUGAUUUCAUGUUUUGCUAGAUUGUUAGGUUUUAGUGAUCUUAUCUGGAGGGGAAAUGGUUUAAGUUCUGAAACCAAAGAUUUGUGAUUUCUAAUUUUAUUCACGGGUUUAGAUAAGCCAUCUAAACUUUGCAUUCUCUGUGUGACUUGAUCCAUUGUAAGAACAAACUUGUUGAUACUCUAUGCUUAUGGCUCGGAUUACUUUGAUCCUUGUCUAAUUGAAGUGUAUAAUCCUGAACCAGAGAAUAAAAGAACAUAUUUUGAAUAAGAAAUUGAACUUUAUUCCGCAUCUUGACUCUACUGUUUCUUGAUUAGAUCUUGAAAACGAAGCACGCUUCUUGUGAGUAAGUCACAUGGAAGAUGAGAUUUCUCGAUAUCUUCCUGAACGAUACAAUAUUCGCAGUUAAGCCACUGGAUUGCUGAAUUCAGCACAAUGCUCUUUGUUCCCCCUUUUCUCAUUGAAUAUUGAUUGGUAGGAGGUUUCCACUUCCAAGCAGAUACUUCUCUAUUUUGUCUUCAAGUGACUACUAAAUCCACGUUCUAUAACUGAAGCAUCUUUGAAAUUUUGGAAAUCUGCAGUCUUGAUGGAAAUUUUGAAUACAAGUACACACAUAGCAUAGAGUCACCAACUGCUGAACUGAACCUAGUUCCAGACUAUGUUAAAUAUGGAUGAAGCGAUCAAAAUGUAAGUUAGAGAAGAUCUCCACUAGAACCAAUUACCUACAGCAAAUUAGUCUAUGUGCUAUGAAUCUAGAUUGUCAUUGUGUAGAGACACUGGUUGGUUCAGGUCAUUAAGGGCAGGUUAUCACAGCUAGUCUUAGCUGGAUUUAUGUACUCUUCAUGAGGUACAGCAGUAAUAAGCCAUUUAGUUUAUCAAAAAGGGAAGGUCAGAGAAAAAGGUGAAUUAUUUGUUCUCAUCUGACUCAUCACAUGAUACUUUCACUUUUAUAGUUAGAUGGGCUGCAGAUUGGUAAGACAAAUAUAAUACUCAAUUCAUCAUCACAUGGUUAGCUGCUUCCAAGCUCCUACCUAAUCAAAAGGCAUACCACUAGCAUAAUGAUACAAUUGAACAUGUAAAUUGAAAAUUGUUGAAAAUUUAUCAUCUAUGAGAAUGCGAUCACAGGGGCCAGUCAAGUGAGACUACUAUCAUAAUCGAAUGCAUAUUACACAUUGAACACUUUCUGUUAUUUUAUACCUCAUUGACAGAAGCAUUGUUAAUUUGAACCACAUGUUUUCAGUAGACUGGAUCUGAGUAUCUUUUUGAAAUCUGCGAGGUGUAUGAACCAAUUGUUGUUUGACUUGGUCCAAAAAGGGUCUAGAUCUACUUCUUUUACUCUUUGAUGUGAUAUGGUUAUACCAUCCAUGCAUUUAGUUUCUUUACUGUCUUAAGCUUCAGAAUGUUUGACACCAAGUAAAGGUUAGCAGAGAUUAAAUAUAUGGCAGACCGUUUUCGCAGUCUUGGGAUUAAAUAUACUUCUUAAGA